AUGGGGAUGCUGUUAAGUGGAAGAGGAUUAAUCACAUCUCUAAUUUUCUUCUUGUUAAAAUUCUCAACAGCUGUUGAUAUACCACUUUCAGUUCAACAGGUUCCAACAAUCAUAAAACAGUCAAAAGUACAAGUUGCCUUUCCUUUUGAUGAGUAUUUUCAAAUUGAAUGUGAAGCUAAGGGAAAUCCAGAACCAACAUUUUCGUGGAGUAAGGAUGACAAGCCUUUUGAUCUCUCUGACCCUCGGAUAAUUGUAUCCAACAACUCGGGAACAUUCAGGAUCCCGAAUGAGGGGCACAUAUCUCACUUUCAAGGGAAAUACCGCUGCUUUGCUUCUAAUAAACUGGGAAUUGCUAUGUCAGAAGAAAUGGAAUUUAUAGUUCCAAAUGUUCCAAAAUUCCCAAAAGAAAAAAUUGACCCUCUUGAAGUGGAGGAGGGCGAUCCAAUUGUCCUCCCGUGCAACCCUCCCAAAGGCCUCCCACCUUUACACAUUUAUUGGAUGAAUAUUGAAUUGGAACACAUCGAACAAGAUGAAAGAGUAUACAUGAGCCAAAAGGGAGAUCUGUACUUCGCAAAUGUGGAAGAAAAAGACAGUCGGAAUGAUUACUGUUGCUUUGCUGCAUUCCCAAGAUUAAGGACUAUUGUGCAGAAAAUGCCUAUGAAACUAACAGUUAACAGUUUAAAGCAUGCUAAUGACUCGAGUUCAUCCACAGAAAUUGGUUCCAAGGCGAAUUCAAUCAAGCAAAGGAAACCCAGACUACUGUUGCCUUCUCCGGAGAGUGGCAGUGAGUCUUCGGUUACCAUCCUCAAAGGGGACACCCUGCUGCUCGAGUGUUUUGCUGAAGGCCUACCAACUCCACAGAUUGAUUGGAACAAAAUGGGAGGUGAUUUACCAAAGGGAAGAGAAACAAAAGAAAAUUAUGGCAAAACUUUGAAGAUAGAGAAUGUCUCCUACCGGGACAAAGGAAACUAUCGCUGCACAGCCAACAAUUUCUUGGGAUCAGCCAUUCAUGAUUUUCAUGUUAUAGUAGAAGAGCCCCCUCGCUGGACAAAGAAACCUCAGAGUGGCGUGUAUAGCACUGGGAGCAGUGGUAUCCUGUUGUGUGAGUCUGAAGGAGAACCUGAGCCCGCAAUCAAGUGGAGAGUCAAUGGUUUCCCAAUUGAGAGAAAUCCAUUUUCUGGUGAUGUCAUCUCCCCCAGGGAAAUCAGUUUUACCAAUGUGCAACCGAAUCACACCGCUGUGUACCAGUGUGAAGCCUCGAAUGUCCAUGGCACUAUCCUUGCCAAUGCCAACAUCGAUGUUGUAGAUGUCCGUCCAUUGAUACAAACUGCAGAUGAAGAAAGUUAUGCCACGGUGGUUGGGUACAGUGCUUUCUUACAUUGUGAGUUCUUUGCUUCACCUGAGGCAAUUGUGUCCUGGCAGAAGGUGGAAGAAGCAAAACCCCUUGAAGGCAGACGGUAUUAUUUCCAUGAGAAUGGCACAUUACAGAUCAACGAGACCACAGAAGAAGAUGCUGGUUCCUACUCUUGUUGGGUAGAAAAUGCUAAAGGAAAAACAGCAGUCACAGCCAACUUGGAUAUUAGAAAUGCUACAAAACUUAGAGUUUCUCCUAAGAAUCCUCGUGUCCCCAGAUCACAUACACUUGAAUUACAUUGUGAGAGCAAAUGUGACUCACAUUUGAAAUACAGUUUAAAAUUAUCCUGGAGUAAAGAUGGAGAAGCCUUUGAAAUUAAUGGCACAGAGGAUGGCAGGAUAAUUAUUGAUGGAGCUAAUUUGACUAUAUCUAAUGUCACCGUAGAAGACCAAGGUGUAUACUCGUGUUCAGCUCACACUGCUCUAGAUAGCACUGCUGCUAUGACUCAAGUUACCGUCCUUGAUGUUCCGGAUCCACCAGAAAACCUUCACUUGUCUGAAAGACAGAACAGAAGUGUUCGGCUGACAUGGGAGGCUGGAGAUGACCACAACAGCCAUAUUAGCGAGUACAUUAUAGAAUUUGAAGGAAACAGAGAGGAACCUGGAAGGUGGGAAGAAUUGACUAGAGUCCAAGGAGAGGAAACAACAGUCAUGUUAUCUUUGGCUCCGUAUGUGAGAUACCAGUUCAGGGUCAUAGCCGUGAAUGAAGUAGGGAGAAGCCAGCCUAGCCAGCCAUCAGACCAUCAUGAAACACCCCCAGCAGCUCCAGACAAGAAUCCACAAAACAUAAGGGUUCAAGCUUCUCAACCCAAGGAAAUGAUUAUCAAAUGGGAGCCUCUGAAACCCAUGGAGCAGAAUGGACCUGGACUGGAGUACAGAGUGACCUGGAAACCACAGGGAGCCCCGGUGGAGUGGGAGGAAGAAACAGUCACAAACCACACCCUGCGGGUGAUGACGUCUGCUGUCUAUGCUCCAUAUGAUGUGCAGGUCCAAGCCAUCAAUCACCUGGGCUCUGGUCCUGAGCCUCAGUCAGUGAUUCUCUAUUCUGGAGAAGACUAUCCUGAUACAGCUCCAGUGAUCCAUGGGGUGGAUGUGAUAAACAGCACAUUAGUUAAAGUUACCUGGUCAACAAUUCCAAGGGAAAGAGUACAUGGACAUUUGAAAGGAUAUCAGGUAAAUUGGUGGAAAACAAAAAGUCUGUUGGAUGGAAGAACAUAUCCCAAAGAAGUAAACAUUCUGAGAUUUUCAGGACAAAGAAACUAUGGAAUGGUUCCUUCUCUAGAUGCCUUUAGUGAAAUUCACUUAACAGUCUUAGCCUAUAAUUCCAAAGGAGCUGGUCCAGAGAGUGAGCCUUAUAUAUUUCAAACACCAGAAGGAGUACCUGAAAAGCCAACUUUUCUCAAGGUCAUCAAAGUUGAUAAAGACACUGCCACUUUAUCCUGGGGACUACCUAAGAAAUUAAAUGGAAAUUUAACUGGCUAUCUAUUACAGUACCAGAUAAUAAAUGACACCUAUGAGAUUGGAGAACUAAAUGAUAUCAACAUUACAACUCCAUCAAAGCCCAGCUGGCGUCUCUCAAACCUCAAUGCAACUACCAAGUACAAAUUCUACUUGAGGGCUUGCACUUCAAAGGGCUGUGGAAAACCCAUCACUGAGGAAAGCUCCACGUUAGGAGAAGGGAGUAAACGUGUCGAGAAGAUAUCAGAAGGAGUAAAUCUUACUCAAAAGAUUCACCCAGUAGAGGCAUUUGAGCCGGGAGCUGAACAUAUAGUUCGCCUACUGACUAAGAAUUGGGUUGAUAACAAUAGCAUUUUUGAAGAUGUAAUUGAGACAAGAGGGAGAGAAUAUGCUGGUUUAUAUGAUGACAUCUCCACGCAAGGCUGGUUUAUUGGAUUGAUGUGUGCGAUUGCUCUUCUCACGCUAAUAUUGUUGACUGUUUGCUUUGUGAAGAGGAACAAAGGUGGAAAGUACUCAGUAAAAGAGAAGGAAGAUCUGCAUCCAGACCCAGAAGUUCAGUCAGUGAAAGACGAAACCUUUGGUGAAUACAGUGACAGCGAUGAAAAACCUCUCAAAGGAAGCCUUCGCUCCCUUAACAGGGAUAUGCAGGCCACAGAAAGUGCCGACAGCUUAGUCGAGUAUGGAGAAGGUGACCAUGGUCUAUUCAGUGAGGAUGGGUCAUUUAUUGGAGCCUAUGCUGGAUCUAAGGAGAAAGGAUCGGUGGAAAGCAAUGGAAGUUCUACAGCACCAUUUCCACUCCGAGCGUAA